AUGUAUCGCUCACUCCUACAUAACCCGACUCUACUUACGGUCCGUGGAUCGACGACCAAACCUAUCCUCAAAGCUUCUCCUACGGCAGCAACAUCAUCGAAUAUAAUACGCAAUUAUGCAACACAAAGCAGUCUCGGCGGCAAUGGCUCCGGCCCAACAAGAAAGCAGAUUUCCGUUAUGUCCGACGACGGACGAUAUAAAUGGUCAGAACUGAGCGGGAAGGAGAAAGUGGCUCGAGCUACACAGCAAUCAUUCAAUUUUGUGAUUGUGAUCGUUGGUGUUGUUAUGACGGGCGGCGUCUUGACACUCUUAUAUACCGACGUUUUCUCUCCUAAUAGCAAGACCUGGCAAUUCGAAAAGGCCGUUAGUCGAAUCAAGGAAGAUCCACGAUGCACAGCAUUACUCGGGAACAGCAAGGAAAUCAAAGCAUAUGGUGAACCAACGGGCAAUAGGUGGACCAGAAACAGACCUAUUGCAACCUCUAUGCAAAAAGACACUCUUGGAAGAGAGCACAUGAGGAUUAAUUUUCAUGUUGAGGGACCACUGAAUGAGGGUAUAGUGCAUGUACAUAUGAUCAAGCCGUUGGACGAGCCCAACUUCCAAUAUCGGUUGCUAGCGGUAGAUGUGAAAGGCCACCCACGAAUAAUUCUCGAGCAAUCCAGUGACGAAGCCCUUGGCGGGAAGAAGAGUCCCUUGAAGAUUCUUGGUAUCAACUGGCGUUGA